AUGACUCGAACCCAGCAGCCUGCUGCUGAGCGAGAUAGGCGCGAUCACAUCAACAGGAAUACGCCGCAACCGCGGCAUGGGUUAGGUCAUUUGCCUGGAGUCGUGGACCUACUCCCGAGUGGGUCAUUUGCUGCAGAGCUCCCAAGCGGCACACUUACCCCCAGUGGGCUACUCGGCUUUGGCUUUGAGACAGACCUCGAUCUUAGCGCUAUUGAUCUUAACUUUCUAGACACGUACAAUACCCAAGUCCCAUUCGAAUAUGAAAACUUGGUGGGCCAAAUUCCAGCUCAGGGUGCUGAUACCACUGAUCAAAACUCUGGAAAACAUGGCGACGACGGUGGCUCAAAUUCCUUGAGUAAACACCUUCCGCAGUCCAUUUGGCGCUUUGUUCCAGUUCCUGGGAUCCAUGCUUAUACUGAUCAGGCCAAUCUUUCCGUACCCACGCAGGAACAGAUCGUCGGGAGCCCGGAGAGCUUUGCGGAUGUCAGCAGACGAGCAACAAGCGAAAAACUAGACUCUCCAACCCGCGACAAAAUUUUUACAAUUGUUCUUAGUCAAGUCAAAUCACCUAUUCUGCCAGCUGUAUCCGCAUUCCCAUCGGUAGAGCUACUAGACAAGCUCAUACAAUUCUUCCUCGCAGGCCCUAUCCCAACAGGCGGCUCAUGGAUCCACACCAGCAGCUUCCGACCAAAGAGAGCUCGACCAGAACUACUUCUUGCUAUAGCGGCUGCUGGAGCGGUGCUCACCCCUGACCGAUCCUUGCGAAAGCUGGGAUUCGCAAUUGAAGAGGUCGUUCGCAACCACCUACCUGUCGCGUUCGAAUCGGAUAAUACGCUAAUCCGCGACCUUGAGAUGUUGCAAGCGUAUAUGCUACAUCUGGGUAUUGGGCUCUGGAGUGGUAACAGCCGUAAAAUGGAAAUUGCCGAAAGCUUCCAGCUGCCCCUCUUGACGAUGCUUCGGCGUGGCGGCCGCCUCAAGCGAUCAAGCUAUCCCAUUCUGACUGUUGCCGCUGACGACAAAGACCUUGUGCUAGACAACAAGUGGCGAGCCUGGGUAGAGCAGGAGUCGUUCAAAAGGUUAGCUUACCGCCUUUUGAGUCAUGAGGCUCAGGCCUCCAUGUCACUUCUUGUUGGCCCCUUAAUAUCCUAUUCAGAGCUUGAACUUCCCUUGCCUGAACCGCAAGACCUUUGGUCAGCUACUUCCGCGCAAGAGUGGAAGAUACUGUACCGGGCUAAAUAUGAAAACGAUUCGACAAGGAUACCUUCCCUGGCCGAAUGCGUCGCCAAUCCAGAGCUCCUGCAAUCCAACGAGGCAGUAAUUGAUCUCGAACUCUCAUGCGCAGCCUUCUUGUAUGCUCUGUGGGGCAUGGUGUGGGAAUACCGGAAGUUGAGUCUAUUGUGCUAUGGCAAGAAGACCUUGUGGGACAGCAACUUGAUGUUGAUGACUCGCUAUCAGGAACUAGCCAAGAUAUUUGACUAUUACCGUUUAAGGCACGCAACUGAGAGCACGCUGCUCCUUGAGUCGAACCUGAUGCAUCUACACAUGUCACUAGAAGAGGUGCAGCUGUUUUGUGGGCUUGAGGGUCAGGAAGAGUCACGUCGCGUACACCCAUCAAUUAAGGAGUGGGCGAGUAGCAAGACAUCAAGAUUGGCUGUGUGGCAUGCUGGCCAACUUUUACGCGCUACAAGAGGACUCCCUCCCAUGCAUUUGCGGGAUUUCUACGCAAUCAUUCUCUUUCAUGCUAGCUUGGCUUUCUGGGCUUACACACUUGCCUCGCGUAUGCUCUUCCAGGACUCCAAUUCACGAAUGGCUGCUGGGAGUAUUAGUCUCGUCGUGCCGCCACAGCAGGCCGUAUGGCUUGAUGAUGAAGAAACGGCAGCAACAUACCGUUACAUCUCUUUCAACCACGGCAUGCCUACUCUGCAUGGAUCGCGAGCAGAUAUGGCACCAAUACAACUAGACGAUGCCCCAGGCAUCAUGACGACCAUGAUUGAAACCAUGAAGCGGGGCGAUGGCGAACCCUUCAGGCCAAAUUCCCCUCUUGUGGAGAAUUUACUCAGUGUCAUGGAGCGAUUACGGGACACGAAAAUUGGAUAG